GGAUGGAAUCAAAAGCCCCCAACACCACCACGCACCAUGAGCGACCGCGACCGAGACCGAGACCGAGACAGAGAGAGACGACGAGAUAAGGAGGAGCGGGACCGAGAGCGAAGCCGCAUCAAGAGAUCUCGUACGCCCGAGCGGCCCGAGCGCAGCCGACCUUCCCGGCACACUCGUUCCCGCACGCGCUCCCCGGAUCGGUACCGCUCACGCUCCCCGGACGACCGCUCCAACCGGCGCAGCCACCGCCACCUCCAGCACCGCUCCCCUUCCCCCAAGCGCAGCCGGAGACGCAGCGAAUCUACCGACGAUAGGGAGCACCAGAAGGCCGUCGCCGACUUUGUCGACGAAAUCGCAAAAGAACAACAGCAGCAACAACAAAAGCAUAAGAGCAAGGACGCGGUUAAUGGUUCAGGAAGAGGAGGAGAGGGACAGUUGUUGGAGGGUGUGGACGAGGACGAACUUGAGAUGAUGAAGAAGCUUGGGAUCCCCAUCGGAUUCGAUUCCACCAAGGGCAAGCCGGUGGCCGGAGCCGACGUGAGCGGCAUCAGAGCCAUCACGAAGCGCCAGCCCAGGCAGUAUAUGAACCGCCGCGGAGGCUUUAAUCGCCCGUUGCCGGCCGAGCGCAACCGCUGAUAUUGGGAAUGGAUAGUGUAGUCUUGCAAGAAUUGAGCAGGUGCCAACUUGGAUUCUUGGAGCCCAUGAUGACCCAAAUUGCCUGAGGCCAUGUAAGACUUUUUUUUUGGGGGGUUGGGGGGGGGGGGGGGGGGGGGCGGGGAAUUGAGCAUCUGAUGACUGCUUUCUUGAGACUCUGAUUUUUGUACUGGUGUAUUGUGUUCUAUUUUUCUAAAUAUUGUUCGUAGUGAUUAAAUGGCCGGACUCGUGUCUAAUAUCUGGGAUCACUCGUAUGGUCCCUGUCAGAUGUCGUGUUCUGUAUGCAAUGAGAUGAUCCUAGAAUCUAAUCUGUUGACUUCCUUGACUAGUCAAUUCAUUCGAGUCCUUGGCUACUUGCCAUAGCU